GUUUUAAUCUUGCAGUGAUAUAUACGACUAAGUGUAGUUAAAAACAACUAAGUUGAAGAGCACGUAGUAUAUUUAAUAAGCAAUUGAAAGCGAAAAUGCCUGGAUUAGCAACAAUGUCUUUGGACAAUAUGUUCUGUACCCGCUGUGGGGAUGGCUUUGAGCCCAAUGAAAAGAUUGUCAACUCUAAUGGAGAACUUUGGCAUACCAAUUGUUUUGUGUGUGCACAAUGCUUCCGUGUCUUCCCUGAAGGCAUAUUCUAUGAGUUUGAAGGACGUAAAUAUUGUGAACGUGACUUCCAAGUGUUGUUUGCUCCGUGCUGUGGAAAAUGUGGGGAAUUUGUGAUUGGCCGUGUGAUUAAAGCAAUGAAUGCCAAUUGGCACCCUGCAUGCUUCCGUUGUGAGGAAUGUAAUGUGGAGCUAGCUGAUGCAGGUUUCAUUAAAAACGGUGGGCGUGCCCUCUGCCAUACUUGCAAUGCCCGUAUCAAGGCUGAUGGACUGUUGAACUACAUGUGUCAUAAAUGCCAUGGAGUUAUCGAUGGCGAACCGUUACGCUACCGUGGUGAGGUGUAUCAUGGCUACCACUUCACAUGUGCCACUUGUGGUGUGGAGCUGGAUCAUACAGCCAGAGAAGUCAAACAUCGCCCUGGAUAUGCUGCCAACGAUGUGAAUAAUCUCUUCUGUCUCCGUUGCCACGAUAAGAUGGGUAUUCCCAUUUGCGGAGCUUGCAGACGUCCUAUCGAAGAGAGAAUUGUGACAGCCCUUGGAAAGCAUUGGCAUGUUGAGCACUUCGUAUGCGCCAAAUGUGAGAAGCCAUUCCAUGGUCAUCGCCAUUACGAGAAGAAGGGCCUUGCCUACUGCGAGCAGCAUUACCAUCAGCUGUUUGGGAACUUGUGCUACGUGUGCAACCAAGUUAUUGCUGGUGAUGUGUUCACGGCAUUGAACAAAGCUUGGUGUGUGCAUCAUUUCGCGUGCUCCGUAUGUGAUGCACCUCUGAGCACCCGAAGCAAAUUUUACGAAUAUGACGAACGCCCUGCUUGCCGGCGCUGUUACGAGAAGUUCCCGGCCGAAUUGCGCCGUAGAUUGCGUCGUGCACACCAUUACACUAUCCGACGUUAAAAUAUUGGUUUCCGAAACAUAAAAAACCUACAAUCUCCAUAAACUAUGCUUUAAUUUCAAUAUUUUGUUAGCUGUUGACAUUAUCUAAGGUCAGAGAGACAAGUACAACAUUCAUUCCGAUAUUUAUGGAAAACCAAGAUUUCAUUGAAGGACCAUUUGGCCCACUAACAAAUUAACUUUUUUGUGUAACCAAUCGUUUUUGAUGUCGUUAACUUUUAUGUAAUUUGCGUGUUGUAUUAAGAACAUGUUUACUGAGGAGGAUACAAGUCAGUAAGGUGACUGAUACUAAUUAAACAUUAUUAUUAAUUUGCCUCAUAAAUUAAUGUGCCUUAUAAUGUUAAUUUUGUGCCUAGAG